AUGGAAGUUGCAGCACACGAUAUGACGCAAAGAGUUAAGAUGGAAGACGAAAGAGCGUAUGAAACGUUGAAUGACUUGAACCUUAUAACUGAAGGAUCGAAUAAUCUUGCACUUAAUGAAUUGUACUCGCAAGGUCUUGAUCCUCAAAUGUCAAACUUUAACUUUGACGAGACGGAUGAGUUUCUCAACUCUAUUUCUGGAGUUUUGGAUAAUACGAGAUUAGUAUCGGGCGUGCCACCUCAAUCGCUGUCGAAUAAUCAAACCAAUUACAACGAGCCCUUCUUGUCACCUUCAUCAAUCAAUGGCGAGGAGAUUAUUUUCCCAGACUUUAUGGGCCAAGCUUAUCACGAGCACAAUCAAAAUAGAUUGUUACAGGAAACUAGCAGUAAUGUGAGCUCAAUACCAAACGAAAAAAUGAGUUCUUUUUCAUCAUCGGUGGUAACUUUUAAUAAUGAGAAUGUUACACCAGUGUCUCAUUCUUCAAUCGAAAUUUCCGAUUUCACAUCACCAGAGUCUAUGACAAAUGAUAAGCCAAUAAAGGUUGAGAGAGUUGAUAAGUCAGUCAAGACUGAGAAACCAGACAAGCAGUCGCCCAAGACGAGGCAAUCUUCAUCUUCCACUGGUGCAGGUGCAGGUGCAAGUGCUGGUGCAGCUACUGCUAAUGCGAAAAUCACCAAACCAAAGGGGUCAAAGGAUAAAAACUCGCACAACAUGAUUGAAAAGAAAUAUAGAACCAAUAUAAAUUCCAAGAUUCUCAUAUUACGUGAUGCAGUGCCCGCUUUGAGGAUUGCUGCUGGGUGCGACGAUGUUUCUAUUGCUGAUUUGGAAGGUAUCACCCCAGCAUCAAAAUUGAAUAAAGCCAGUGUGUUGACAAAAGCUACAGAGUACAUCAAGCACUUGGAACAAAAGAAUGCGAUGUUGAGAGAUCAGAACUUGUACUUGCAGCGGAUUAUUCAGGAAGCUAAUAUCAAUGCAAAUGUCAAUCUAUCACAAGUAGGUGGUGGACCAGUAAAUUCAAUUUCACAACACCAACAACACCACCACCAACAACAACAACAACAACAAACAGCCUUUGCUCAAACACAACAUGUAUUGUCUUCGCCAUCGGAACAUACAAUUACUAGUGGUAAUGCAGCACAAGGAAGUUACAGCGAACCACUGUACCAGUUGGUACCUAACGUGUCUUCUCCACAGCAGCAGCAGCAACAACACCAACACCAACCAUUACCACCACCACCACAACAGCAACAACAACAACAACUACAACCACAACAGCAACAACAGCAACAACAAGGGAACACGAAUCAACCAAAUAGAUUUUUACUUGGUGGUAUGGCUGCUGUUAUGGGAACAUCAUUAUUUGGUGGCAGUGGUGAGAAUGAUUUCCGAAGCUUAAGUGCUUUACCAUUUGCCUCGUAUAUCUUUCCACAUGCUUUGCUUCACCCAUCUCCCAUGAUUGUACAGUUGUGGGUCUUGACCAAAUUGAUUUUGGUGAUUGGAAGUUUGGCUACUAUUUUUGCUCCAAUGUUGAAGAGCUUGUUUGCACAAACAGAAAAGGGUGGCGAUCCAUCAUCUUCACGGCCAUUGCUUGAUUGUUUAUUGGCUAGUUUUCAUUUCAGAGCACCAUUAAGUUUGACUGCGUUGAGAAGAAGGGAAAUUUUGCAAAAUUUGCAAAAAGGUGCCGAUGCUGCAUCAUUCACGCAAUUGACGUUUGAUUAUUAUUAUUUGCUCAGUUGUGAAGAGAAUUUUGAAAACACGUUUUUAAUAUUGGUCAUUGGCGCUAUUUUGGAAAGAAAGGUUCCUCAAUUGGUUCCAGCAGUUUUGAGUCAUACAUUGAAUGCAAAGAAAAGCUUGAUUACCAAACUCGCUUACAAAGGUGAUGAUGUGACUUUGAAAAGGUUGAACAAAUUGAUAAGUAAGGUUGACGGUACUUUGAUGUUUGAUAAUUGUUUUUUCACGGAAAGAUUUAUGAGCAAUGCGUUGGAACAGAAAUUCGUUGAUAACGACUUGGCUAAACAUGGUCAGUCUAAGUUUGUUGAAUUGCAACAGAGAUUUUCUGGUGAUUUUUUCUCUAGAGUUUUAGAGAUGAGACUUUUGGAGUUGAUCCAGGAUUUGAAUAUUACAUACUUGGAUCAAGUCAAGGGAAACAAUGGUCAAAUUUUGAAGGAUUUAAAGAUUGUUAAGCUGCUUAUUCCGGAAAACUCCGUUGUCAAUACGUACAGUUUGCUCUUUGAGACGGUAUUGAAUACAAACCAAGCACCAAUAUUGUAUAACAAAAUCAAAUCCAACAUUGACUCGAAAGUAGAAGCAAUUAUGGAUAGCAAUGUUGAGAUUUCUGAUGAUGAAGAUGAUGAAGAUGAAGAAAAAGAAUAUGAAAAAGAAGUUAAGGAAGUUAAAGAAUACGACAAAGCUGGUGAGGAAAAAGAAGAAUCUAAUUUGAACAAUACUUUUACCACCGCUUCCAUUUCCAAGUCAGCUGUCAAGUCUUUGAUAUCUCGUGAACAGUUUAUCAUUCUCUUGUCAUCUUUGGUCACAUACUACCAUAACUUAGAUGAGAGCAAAAAUGAGAUUCAGCUUCUCCAGUAUUUCAAAAAUUUGACAACGUCGAGUAUUGACCUACUUGCAUUUACAUCAUUGAUCAAGAUGGUCAAUGAAGUUGUUCCUGGUGUCUCCUCAGAGAAUGUUUAUAUAGCAAACAUUGUUGUGUUGUUACGUAAAUGGCUUCGUGAAGAUGGUGGUGCAUUGUUGAGCAGUGAUUUAAAUGAGAAGUUGACACGGUUAUUAGUUUGCAAGGGUAAAAUUAUCAACGGGAUCGAGGUUGAUGAAGAUGAGGAAGAUGACGAUGAAGAUAGAGAUGAAAACUAUGUUCGCAGAUGUUAA